AUGCCUCAGCCUCAUGUACUGAUUCUCGGACAGAGCCUCGGCCUCACCGCAGCCUUGCGGCUCGCCGUUAAAUUCAUGGGCUCGCUGAGCACUCUCCGUAUCAUUUUCGCACUGGCAGAUCUUCAGUGUACCGGUGCUGCAGUUACAGCUUCUGCUCCUAUGUUCAGACAGCAUGGCAUCCCAUCUGACCUUGAUGAGGCCAUCAAACUCCACCGCGCUGCACUGGACCUCCGUCCCACCGGCCAUUCUCUUCGGGCCUUGUCUCUCGACAAUCUUGCAGAAAGCCUUGUAGACAGAUGCAAGCAGCAUGGCAUCCCAUCUGACCUUGAGGAGGCCAUCGAGCUCCAUCGCACUGCACUACUCCUCCGUCCCCCCGGUCAUUCCAAUCGACCCAUCUCUCUCAACAAUCUUGCCAGCAGCAUUGAAGACAGGUUCGAGCAGCGGGGCAUCCUGUCUGACCUUGAUGAGGCCAUCGAGCUCCAUCGCACUGCACUGCACCUCUGUCCACACGGUCAUUUUCAUCGAUACGUGUCUCUCAACAAUCUUGCUGUCACCCUUAUAGACAGAUUCAAGCAGCAGGGAAUCCUAUCUGAUCUGGAUGAGGCUGUCAAGCUUCAUCGGGCUGCACUACUCCUCUGUUCCCCUGGUCAUUCUAAUCAGAUCAUGUCUCUCCACAAUCUUGCCAACAGCCUUGUAGACAGAUGCAAGCAGCGGGGCAUCCCGUCUGACCUUGAUGAGGCCAUCGACCUCCAUCGCACUGCACUGCUCCUCUGUCCCCCCGGUCAUUCUAAUCGAUCCAUGUCUCUCAAAAAUCUUGCCAUCAGCCUUGGAGACAGAUUUCAGCAGCGGGGCAUCACGUCUGACCUUGAUGAGGCCAUCGAGCUCCAUCGGGCUGCACUAUUACUCCGCCCCCCCGGUCAUUCUGAUCGAUCUGUAUCUCUCAACAAUCUUGCUGUGAGCCUUCAUGACAGAUUUCAGCAGCGGGGCAUCACGUCUGACCUUGAUGAGGCCAUUGAGCUCCAUCGGGCUGCACUGCUCCUUCACCCCCCCGGUCAUUCUGAUCGAUACAUGUCUCUUAACAAUCUUGCUGUCACCCUUGGAGAAAGGUUCAAACAGCGGGGCAUCCCGUCUGACCUUGAUGAUGCCAUCGAGCUCCAUCGGGCUGCACUACUCCUCCAUCAUCCCGGUCAUUCUGAUCGAUACAUGUCUCUCAACAAUCUUGCCAGGUGUCUAAGAGACAGAUUCAAGCAGCGGGGCAUCCUGUCUGACCUCGAUGAGGCCAUCGAGCUCCAUCGGGCUACACUGUUCCUCUGCCCCCCUGGUCAUCUUGAUCGACCCGCGUCGCUCAACAACCUUGCGAACAUCAUUGAAGACAGAUUCGAGCAGCGGGGCAUCAUGUCUGACCUUGAUGAAGCUAUCAAGCUUCAUCGUGUUGCACUGCUCCUCUGUCCCCCCGGUCAUCCCAAUCGAUCUGAGUUUUUCCGUAAUCUUGCCUCCAGCCUCCGAGCCAGGUUUCAAACGCUGGGCAUCCCUUCUGACCUUGAUGAGGGCAUCAAGCUCAGUCAGGCUGCAAUACUCCCCUUGCCCACUAGUUGGUCUGAUCAAUGCAGGUCUUUUGUCAAUGUUGCAAAUAGCCUUCUCGACAGAUUCAAGCAGUGGGGCGUCCCGUCCGACCUUGAUGGGGCCAUCACACUUCACAGGACUGUACUAUUCCUCUAUCCCCCGGUCAUUCUGAUCGAUCCAGGUCUCUCGGGUGUCUUGCACAUGCCCUUCACCUCAGAUUUCACCUGUCAUAUUCUUCGAUCCACGUCUCUUGAUUGUCUUGCGACCAGCCUUCUAGACAGAUUCAAACAGCGGGACGUCCCAUCUGACAUGGAUGAAGCAUUUGGGCUAUAUUUGCAGCUCUCCCACCUACCUCAUGCAGCCUCUCGUAAUGAUCUGAAGGCUGCCAAGUCAUGGGCCACCUUUGCGGAGGAAAUGAAUGAUGAAACUGCAUUGGUUGCAUAUCAGACCGCAUUGAAAUCCCUCGAUCAGCACGUUGCCCUUUUGUCGUCUUCCUCCCGCCAUUUUCAUGUUGUUAGGGAGGUAACUUCUUCCCUUGCGUUGGAUGCUUUCUCGUGCGGUCUUCGUCGUGGUACUUUGACGACUGCUGUGGAGCUAGUGGAGCAAGGUCAUGCAGUAUUCUGGACCCAGUUGGCACGGUUCCGCUCGCCACUCGACGAUCUUGCCCUGUCUUAUGACACCGGGGCAGCCUUGGCGGAAGAGUUCAAGCAGCUGAGCUUUCGCCUUCACCAGUCUCCGCAAACCCGGCAACUGACCAUGCAAUGGGAUGACGUCGUCUCGUGCAUCCGCAUGCUUCCUGACUUUUCCCGUUUUCUCCUGCCUCCCCUGUUCUCCGACCUACAGAAGGCGGCAGAAGAUGGUCCAGUCAUUAUUGUCAAUGCAAGCCAGUAUAGCUGCGACGCAUUGAUUGUCCAUAGUGCGGAAGAUCCUGUCCGUGUACCGCUCGAUAUCACACAGGGAGAAGUGUCUGAGCUGUCCUCCGAGUUUCAGUCACUCGCAGAGCAGUUUGGUUCUGCCGAUCAUCAACACAAGCUUGUCGGCAUCCUCCGCAAACUUUGGAAUUGCAUUGUUCACCCCGUAGUCCAAGCCCUCAUGGAGUCUAAAGUUCAGCCUCGCUCCCGCAUCUGGUGGUGUCCCACUGCUGAAUUCACGCUACUUCCUCUACAUGCAGCAGGACCUUACGAGAAAAACAAAGACAAUUUGUCUCACAUUUUCAUCUCCUCUUACACCCCCACUUUGGCGGCACUCAUUCGGGCGAGACAGUGGGUUUCUCUGGAUCCGUCCACGCAACAUUUUGUUGCCAUUGGUCAAGCGAACCCGGAUGGAGGGAAAGGACUCCGAUGUGUCGCUCCUGAAUUAGCUGUCGUAGCUGAGUGUCUCACACCUAUCGUUUCCUUCACAUCACUCGAGGACAGCUACGCAACAGUCCAGGGUGCACUCGACGCCCUCAACCAUAAUCAGUGGAUUCACUUAGCCUGCCAUGGAAUGCCGAAUCGACAACAACCAUUUGAGUCUUCCUUUGCCAUGCGCGACGGGCCUUUAAUGAUCAAGGAUAUCGUCCAAUCCAACUGGCAGAAUCCGGAGUUUGCAUUCCUAUCGGCCUGCCACACCACCGUGGGAGAUGAGAAGAGUCCCGACGAGUCGAUACAUCUCGCUGCGGCCAUGCAAUUCUCUGGAUUUCGCAGUGUCAUAGGUUCUAUGUGGUCUGUUGACGACGAGGUUGCGCGCCAGGUGGUGUCUGCUUUCUACAGAAACUUUAUUGAUGAUUCAGGGAGAUUGGACUGCACACGGGCCGCGGUAGCGUUGCACAAAGCUGUGAAGUCGUUGCGCAAGAAGAUUCCGCUAGAACAGCAGAUUGUAUUUGUUCACAUAGUGAACAGCAAUAUCGACCUAGCGGUCAAGCUUCUCUUGCGUGAGCUGGAGCUCAAUAAGACUUCAGGAGAUGAUAGCUUGCGGACGACCUCCAGUCGUUCCUUUCGCGAGAGCAGUCUCAAAGUUAAACAUGGCACCAGUGCGGUCGAUCUAGUGCAUGCAAUCGGCGAUGUGAGAGGAGAUGUUGAUGAGACCGACAAGUUCGACUAUGUCGCCACCCAUAGAUUUACAGUACUUAGCCACCUCGAAAGGGACGACAUCAUCAGGAAAUCGGCCAUGAGGUGA